UACGUUGGGAACACAUCACACAUCCGACAGCGCUCGGAGAGAGGGGGGAGUGACUGUGCUUCGCCUAAACCUAGAGCGCCCCUCACACUGACAGGCGAGUUUUACUCCGGGAUACCAUGUCUAUCCCCGAAACUGACAGCCAGAGUGGCCACUAGUGAACGGGAGACAAAGGCACUCUGAGCCACAGAGACCGUUUGUCUACGUGUGCUCAGUUGGCGGUUCACGGGCGUUUAGAGUGUUUUUCACCAAACUCUGGAGGAUGCGCGUGGACAUGAUUGCUAUUCGAAUUUUGUCCGGGUUGAGCGUGCUGGUCCUACAUGCCCAUGGCGCGAGAGUUGUUAGCGGCCAGACGGUGUGCCAUGGGGGCCCAGAGCAGCCGUGCUACAAGAUCGCCUACUUCCACGACAUGACGAGCCGCGUGGCCUUCUGGGAGGCGAGCCAGGCGUGCGAGCUGGACGGCGGCGCGCUGCUGAGCGUGGACAACGCGUCCGAGCAGCGCCACAUCGAGUGGCUCCUGCAGGAGCUCACCAGCGUCGCCGACGGAGACUUCUGGAUCGGGCUGACCCGCUCGGACGGCGACAGCACCCAGGAGCACGCCGGGUUCACGUCCUGCCCCGACCUGUACCGCUGGAGCGACGGGAGCGUGUCGGAGUUCAGGAACUGGUACUUUGACGAGCCGUCGUGUGGGGGCGAGGCCUGUGUGGUGAUGUACCAUCAGCCCACGGCGCAUCCCGGACUGGGCGGAGCCUACCUGUACCAGUGGAACGACGACAGAUGCAACAUGAAGCACAACUUCAUCUGCAAAUAUGAGCCAGAGAGCCAUUUGGUGAAGGAACAAGGGGACAGGCCUGGAGUCCGUGAGCCAGACGCUCACGCACCAGAGGAGGCUACGGAGAUGAAGCCAGCUGUGGACCCCGAGGGCGGGGACAGUCCCGUGUUAGUGGCUGAUCCCUCAGGUAUGUUCCUGGUGUACGUGAUCAUUCCCACCAUCCCCCUGCUGCUGCUCAUCCUGGUGGCGUCCGGGACCUGCUGCUUUCAGAUGCUCAGCAAGAGCAAGCCGAGGACCAAGACCAGCGUUACCCAGUCCACGCUCUGGAUCUCCAAGAGCCCCAAGUCAGGGAGCGCCAUGGAGGUGUGAGAGCGGGCACACACAGCAACACGUCGCUCCCCCGUGGCCGCGGGAAGGAGGCGCGUUGCUCCCCUUGUGGGGAGGUGAAAGAGACACUGUUGUCCGCUUUGUGCAAAGUUCCGCUUAACCCCUCCGCUCGUCUGCAGAGCAGUGUGUCGUCUCAAUGUGUAACUGUCCACCGGUCAAGGUCCUCCGUGACAAAGGAUCCCAGUCUUCUGUGUGAAACUGCAUGUUUUUAAUCGCAUUAGUGGGUGUCUCGUCAGCGUUCACCAACAAUAGCCCUCUACCUGCCAUUCAUCCAUCCAUCCAUCCAUCCGUCUUCUCUCAUUCCUCACAUCUCUCUCCAUCUCAUUCUCUUUCUCUCUCUCCACCACCUACUCCCCUCACACAUCUUGCCUCCUCCUCCUCCUCCUCCUCCUCCUCCUCCUCCUCCUCCUCCUCGUCCUGCUCCUCUCCUCCCCUGGCGUGAGGGGGAGCCUCUCCUCCUCGUGCUCUCCGUUGCUAGGGGAGUCUCUCUCUAAUUGGCCCCGAGCGCAGGGAGGGAAUUGAUUACAGUAAUUAAGCCGGAUGCAAAUGGGACGGAGAGAAGAAAGCGGGAUUAAGCGUCUCAGCUGACGCAAAUAGGGUCACCGCUAUCGAGGACUUUGAUGAACACAGACAUACACACACACACACACGCACACACAUACACGCUCAAAAAGAAAUGAAACAGCACCAAAAGUCGAACUAAGUCCACUGUGUGUGCGUGCGUGUAUGUGUGUGUGUGUGUGAGAGAGAGAAAGAGACAGAAAGGGGGUGGGGUUGGCAGAAAAAAGGGAAAACUCUCAAGUGCUCUUCCUAUGAAAUUUCAACUUCGUUCCAAGAAAAAAGGAGAAAAGUCCCUCUUCAGAGACACAUUUAUCUCUCAAAGCAACUGUGCCCAUGGUUUGGAAAAUGAGUUCUAGUAAUUUGUGAAUUUGCCAAUUUAAUGUUUUAGGCUGUAUUGCACUGAUGACCAAUAUAGUGUUUUAGGCUGUAUUGCUUUAUGAACAGUUAGCUGAUAUAAGAUCCCAUUAACCAGCAGUAGGCUAAAUGUUAAAGGCAUCCGUGGCAAAUAACUGAAAACUAUGAAACACUACAUUCAAAAGAAACAUUUCACGAGUUUGAUAUUUUUAGUUCUUAAACACAGACAAUAUUGUAAAUUUUUGCAUGUGCAGCUUUAUGAAAUACAUUUCCGUUUUAAAAUAUUAACUUCUAUUUUGUAUAAUUGCCUAUAUUUGACAUAAAUUCUGUUUAUUUAAAUCACCUGAACAUAUUUAUACAGUAUUAUAAUCCAUAAUGUCACACUUAAAGGAGGAAUGCGCCAUGUUUUCACAUAGAUCAUCUCUCUUUCUCAAGGUCACCGUGUGUAAAUAAAAAAUAAACAAAAACAAAAUCGGUUUUACGUGCUCGAGUCGCUAAAGCCAGCAGCUGAUGCAGGGAGACAGCUACAGCGUAGAGUAGAGUAACGGAGAUGUAUGUGAAAAUUCACUGCAUUUCCCCUUGAAGUCAUUCCUCCAUUCAUUCAUGUGUUAACGACUAUCUAAACUUGAACAGAAACAAACAAAGUCAUUGUGAAACCAGAUCUACACUUGAUCUGGGUCAGAGGCAUCUGCCAACUUGGAAGUGUUUAAUUUAUUAGAAUGUGUGUGUGUGUGUGUAUGUGUGUGUGUGUGUCAGUUAAAUAACUAUUCAUGUUGAGGAAAAAAAACGACAUGAUUCACCGAGAGUGCGCAGCUGUAGGUUGUGCGGAUGUUAAGAUCAGUGUGUGUUGCUGGUGGUUGUGCGGAUGUUAAGAUCAGUGUGUGUGCUGUUGGUUGUGAAGGAUGUUAAGAUCAGUGUGUGUUGCUCUGAAUGUUUUCUAUUCAUCUCUUCAGCGCCUCUCUCCUGCAGCAUGUACAGCACAGGACUCUCUUUCGUCUCUAAAGAAAAGGGAUUAUUUUUCACUCCUACUGUACCUCCUUUUGUGAACAUGAAAAUAAAAGUGCUUAGUGUGUG